UGUACGCACGUUGAUUUCGGUCAUUUCGCCUGGUGAUUCCGAGCGGGUAACUACGGUGGAAUUGCCGUCGAAACAUUUGUGCCAAAAGAACGUGAGCGGCGAUUCACUCGUACGCUAGUUGCGUUUAUCAAUUAUAAUUUUAACGAAUUUUCAAAAGAAAGACCCGAAAUAAUUAAAAAAUCGUACAGAAUGGCAGACUAUAUGAUCGGCAAUACGAAACCGGCGGACGUACCAUUACCGGAUGACGGACUUUCAGCAACACAAUUGUUUGCCAACGGUGACGGUCUUACGUACAACGAUUUCAUUAUUUUACCGGGCUACAUAGACUUUACCGCCGACGAAGUUGAAUUAGUGUCGCCUUUGACCAAGAGAAUUCUCCUCAAGGCACCGCUUGUUUCAUCUCCCAUGGACACAGUUACAGAAUCCGAUAUGGCUAUUGCCAUGGCACUUUGCGGCGGAAUCGGUAUUAUACAUCACAAUUGCACACCUGAGUACCAAUCCAACGAGGUGCACAAGGUGAAAAAGUAUAAACAUGGAUUCAUUAGAGACCCACUUGUUCUGUCACCUCAUCAUACAGUCAGUGAUGUUUUGAAUGUCAAGUCUGAGCAUGGUUUUUGUGGUGUCCCUAUCACAGAUACGGGCAAAGUUGGGGGUAAAUUGUUGGGUAUUGUCACAUCUAGGGAUAUUGACUUUUUAGAGAGUUCUCCAAAUCAGCAGUUAACAAAAUUAGAAACAAUUAUGACAAAAUUAGAGAAUUUGAUCACAGCAACUGCUGGUGUAACGCUGCAAGAAGCAAAUGUAAUCCUUGAGAAAUCUAAGAAGGGAAAGCUUCCGAUUGUUAACGACAAAGGAGAACUAGUAUCUCUGAUGGCAAGGACUGAUCUGAAGAAAAAUCGGAGUUACCCAAAUGCUAGUAAAGAUGAAAAUAAACAAUUGUUAGUUGGUGCGGCCAUUGGCACACGUAAUUCUGAUAAACAGAGGUUGCAACUUCUUGCUGUAGCAGGUGUUGAUGUAAUUGUUCUGGAUUCCUCUCAGGGCAAUUCUAAAUACCAGAUUGACAUGAUUAAGUACAUUAAGUCAGAAUAUCCUGAGUUGCAAGUGAUUGCUGGAAAUGUUGUAACUACUUCACAAGCUAAAAAUCUUAUAGAAGCUGGUGCUGAUGCCUUACGUGUUGGAAUGGGCUCUGGCUCUAUUUGCAUAACUCAGGAAGUUAUGGCUGUUGGUAGACCUCAAGCAACUGCUGUAUAUAAAGUCUCGGAGUACGCAAGAAGAUUUGGAGUACCCGUUAUAGCAGAUGGUGGCAUUCAAUCCAUUGGUCACAUCAUUAAAGGCCUAAGUUUGGGGGCUAGUACUGUUAUGAUGGGAUCUUUGUUGGCUGGAACUUCAGAAGCGCCAGGUGAAUAUUUCUUUAGCGAUGGUGUGCGUCUUAAAAAGUACAGAGGAAUGGGUUCUUUGGAAGCCAUGAAUAGAAAAGAUGCACAUGGUUCUGCAAUGGAUAGAUAUUUCCAUAACGAAAUGGACAAAAUGAAGGUAGCCCAAGGUGUUAGUGGUUCAAUAGUAGACAAAGGAACUGUUUUAAAAUUCUUGCCUUAUUUGCAAUGUGGAAUUAAACAUGGAUGUCAAGAUAUAGGAGCUAGAUCUAUUUCUGCUUUACGAACCAUGAUGUACAGUGGGGAUUUGAAAUUUGAAAGGAGAACACAUUCUGCUCAGCAAGAGGGAAAUGUUCAUGGUCUUUUUUCAUAUGAAAAACGACUGUUUUAAUUAGGUAGAUAUUACAUGAGCAACUUGAAAAGGUACCUGCAUUUAAUUGCAUAUAAUUUGUCAAUUUUGAAGAACUGGUUGUCGAAUUGUAUGAUGUUAUGAAAUUGUUUACCAGAAGCCAGACUAUUCAUAUUUUAGCAAAAGGAAAGUCCUUUCUUAAUAGUGGACAAGUGAAAUGUAUUUUAUGAUUAUUAUACAUAACACACUUCAUUUUUAAUUUUAACUAGAAUUCUAUGUAUAAAAUGUUUUACCAUGUACUUACAUGACUUUGUUUGAAGUAUGAGUAUGUAUUUCAUACAUAUACAUGUGUACAGGAAAUAGUACGCGAUUUAUUUUUGGAGAAAGUAGACUAUCUAUGGAAGUAUGAAAUUCUGUAAAGAAUUUAAGUUACCUACUGUCUCGAAUGUUUCAAAAAAUUGUCAUAUAUUCAGUUUACAAAUUACAUAAUACUACAGCUACUACUCUAUGCAAAAACAAAUUGUAACUGUACAGUAUCAAGAUAUUUUUUCUUGCUGCAUUCACUGUACCUGAUUUAUACUUCAAAAAAUGUAUAAUUAUUAAGGAGCCUCUAAAAUUGCUAAUUAAAAUUUCUAAUGAAAUCCUAUUUUAUUAUCUAUAACUCCGAAAUUUUAUACUGAUAUUGUUAAAAUAAAUUGUAUAUUUGAAAUAAACCCAUUACUAACGUUGAAAGGUA